AUGUCGCUACUAACAGCCCAACCCACCACAUUCUGUUCGGAAUGCCCACACUGCGAGUCUGCAUACACACAACAGUCGGCGCAGCCGGCAGGCCGCCACGAAAUGAGUGGGGAAACAUGUUCCCUGUCCAUUCGAAGCUUCGACGGAACGUCCAAACGAUACUCCUUUUCGAGCAACGCGACGCUCCAGGAUGUGCGAAAGGAGCUCAAGAAGAAGGCGCAGCUGCUCAACCAAAACUACGCCUUUGUGUCGCUCUUCCCCACCCGCAAACUCAAGGAGACGGUGCCGUUGAACGCCCUGGGACUCUGCCCCUCCGCCUCUCUACUGCUCAAACGAAUGCCUCCCAAGCUGGAACCCCACCAGGCAGAGAAGCCCAGCCUGUCGCGCGACCUCAUCAACCACGAGCAGUCGCGCUGGACCCUUUCUUUCAUCUUUCUGUUUGUGUCUUCGUCCUACUUUUACACCCAGGACUCAUGGUGGCCCUUUAUGACCAUGUGGGCCGUGCUGGUGCUGGUAUUCCGGGCCAUUCGACAGAACCAUCUGAAUUCACAAACCUCCGCUCCCCAGGUCAGAUAA